AUGGAUAACAUUGACAUUGCGGACGCGCUCGAGAGUGGAAGGCCACGCGCAGCCUCUGAGGAAAAAGGCUUGCGUAGACGGAUAAGGACUUUGCAUGUCCUUUGGGACCGUUACUCCUUUCAGGUCAUUGUUGUGGUCAUUUCGCUUCUACUGCUUAUUUACACAGUUAUAGGUGAGUGCCACUGAGUCACAAGCAAACAACAGGGUCAUAGGUUAGAGGUAAAGCGAUUAGUUAUAGGGUGAAUGAGGUGAAGCGAAUGAGUCAAAGUGUGAUCGGAUCAAUUCUCUCCCUCUCAGCUUUUUCAGACAUAUCACGCAACCACCCACCCUUAAAUUCGUUGCGUGACAUCCCGGAGACGGCUGCAAGGAGACAACAGAAUCAAGGGAACAAGGCCAGGGAAUAGAAAUCAGAUGUUAAUUUAUAAAUUUUACAAAUGGACCCUUGGUAUUAAUUCUAAAAGGGGAAAAUUUUACUAAGAUCAUCCCAAGAACGUCUACUACCGCAGUGUAUUGGAGUAGACCAGGAUAAAAUUAGUUCGAUAGAACUGAGUGCCUUUUUCUCUCUUACCGGGCGCUGUAGCCAUCAGUAUCAGUGGAUUUCACCAUGUAAGAGGGCUCUUCGCCAUCUCGCUGGUAUUCUGGUUUUGCGUGAUCUACAUGUUUAUUCGUGACCACUGUGGAGGGGAAAUUUACACUUUAUGUUGUUUACCCGUUAUUUCACUGGUUCGAAAGAAAUGGAGGAUCCUUAGAUGGUAAGUUACUUGAAUAACUUCAAUGGAAUAAUUAGUAUACAGAUGAGUUACCCAAGAUGUGUGCGCAAUUUUUAUGCAGAGGUAACGAUUGGUCGAAAGUUGGAUCGCUCAAAGGGAAACUUCCUUGUGAUCGUUGGGCGGGGUACUAAAGAAGAAGAGUGUCACCUGAAACCAUCCGAAUGAGGACCCACUCUUCACUAGAGAUGAGACUAUAAAUCCUUAGAAUUAAAGCGUUCUACGUAAACGCAAUUCUGGGAUGGCUCAGCUUUAAAACUUAUCCGCUGGAUGGUCCUCAACAUACCACCUGUGCACUUAACUCUCAUUAAAGUCUAUCGUAUAGGGGAGCCCUGCGCGGUCGGCGAUGUCAAUCGCCCGUUUGUCGCAAUGAGCAAGUCUUCAGGAACAAUAACUGAUCUUGUACAGUAGAGCGUUAUAUCUUUGUAAAAAUGCGGUAUGCAACUUUUUUGUAAGUUAGUUCUUUCAUUGUUUUGUUUUGAUACUCAUUAAUCUUCCCACAGGAUUGUGCUUCUCGUGAUAUUGACGUUAAUUGGUUUGUGGUUUGGUCUCGACACAGCUAAGGAGCCGAGAAGAUUCAUAUCCGUGCUAGGAAUGCUGGUCUAUGUCGGAAUUAGUUACGCGUUUUCGGUGCACCGAAAAAAAGUGAGUCGGAAUCUCAGUAACAAUUGCGCAUGCGCAUACGUCAUGGAAAACUAUGUUUGUAGUUGGCACUGAGACGCACGUGGGUGGGGCAGGGGGGAAUACGAUGAUGAUGGUGGGGGUAACUGUGGUAAAGGCAGGAUUACAAAUUUUAUAAACCAAAAGAGGAUUUUCUCUUUUAUAAUUCAUUUAAGACUUUAGGCAAAAACAACAGAGGAAUGGCAAGCUAAAAGCGUGGAAAUAGUUCCCUGAAUCAAAUGGUGUUAACGUUACGAGUGCUUGAUAACUUUGUUCCUUAUUGGCUGAUAGUACCUUGGUUGAUGAAGAGAGUAUUAAAGACUCUAAUAAUAAAGAAUUUUGCGAGCUACGCUUUUAAUGCAAGACACUUAAAAAAAGGUUUAGAGGAAAAAUUAGUAAAAAAACGAUUCGAAAGCGUCGGGGUAAAACUAGAAAUAGAAAGUAGAGAUCCACGCUUUUAUCACUUCAAUGUACUUUUUUCGUAGGUGAAAUGGAGGCCGGUCCUGUGGGGGAUGGGAAUGCAGUUUGUGUUCGCUCUGAUAAUUCUCAGGACCCCUCAAGGAUUCACAGUCUUUAAAUUUAUCGGAGACACUGUGGCAAGAUUUCUCGACUACACGGAUGUUGGGUCUGCAUUUGUAUUCGGAAAUGAAUUUGCGUCCCACUAUAUCGCAUUUAAGGUAUUAAAACGAACUGCUUGUAAAGAUCCCAAAGAAACUCUUGCAUGUAAAAGUGUGGUAAUAUCAGCCCUCCAGACAUAGAGCAGUUUUCAAUUCGCAGUCGAAAUACCAAUACCAAAAUAAUCACAACGGCCGAUCAUAGCAAAGGUCUGCGUCAUCAUUAGUCAAUGAGCACUCAAAGUAAAAACAAACAAACUACCAAACGGGCGACCAAGUCACGAUUUUUUUGCGUCUGGCGUCUGAUUGGUUCAGAGUAUGACUCAAGUUUUGUAGACCAAUCACAGACUGAAGUAAAGCAAAACCAAAGCAAUGCUAUCGAAACUCAAUCGAGACUUACUCUCUCUGUGACCACUAAAUUAAGUUUGGUGCAAAGAUGUUUUUCCAACUUGUCUCGACUAAAAAUUAUUUGAAAUGAACAUUUUCUACGAGCCGAAUAUACCUAAAAAUCUUCGCUUCGAAGUAUUUUGCAUGGGUUGAGAUUGCGUCACCACUCUUUUGCAAAAUGGAUAUUAAAUAAUCCUUCUUGAAGUAUUCCUCAUUGUUUAUGGAGCUUUCUACAAUUUUUUUCCAGGUUCUAACGGUCAUCAUAUUCUUCAGCUCUUUCAUCUCAGUUCUUUACUACCUGGGUGUGAUGCCGCUGAUCAUCACCAAGAUUGCCUGGCUCAUGCAGGUCACCAUGGGGACAUCAGCUGCCGAGUCUCUCUCGGCCGCUGGAAAUAUUUUCGUCGGACAGGUAAUGUGAUAACCCUCUUGAGCGCCUUUCCUGAUGGUAUCAUGUGAAUUGCAUCUCAUGUAUCUCUCUAACGGAUUGACACUUAAGACUUUACUUGACUGGACGGUGGGGGUGGCUCCUGGUUCAGAUCUUAGCUUAUUUUAGUUACUCUUAAGUCAGUUAAAGAAGGGAAAUGGUGUUUCCUUUGCGAGAAGUCACAUUGCAGACGUUCAUAAAAAAAAAAGGAUUUCAUCCAUUUCGGACAUGUCAUAACCUAAAUUCAAUUGAGGUGUCACCAUAUCCCAGCGAAUGCAUCGAGUGUGGCUCCCAAUAACCUCGGUUUCUCUUCGUCUAACGUCAAUUUCUUUCCACUUGAAUUUUUCUAGACAGAAGCACCUUUAAUGAUAAGACCAUUUCUUGCAACUUUAACUCAAUCCGAGCUCCAUGCGGUCAUGACAGGAGGGCUGGCUACAGUGGCAGGGGGAAUAAUGGCAGCAUAUAUCGGUGUUGGGAUCCAGGCCUCACAUUUGGUCGCAGCCUCGGUAAUGUCAGCGCCUGCUGCUCUGGCUGUUUCUAAAAUCAUGUACCCAGAGACAGAAGUACCCCAGACCACUUCACAGGGCGAUAUACAUUUCGACAAUCCGUAAGUUCGUAGUAUCAAAGUUUGAAAUAAUAAUGAAGAAAUGUAAAAUGGUUUCCGUGUUUACAUAGCCUGAUGUAAACACGCGGUAGGUUGGGAGAACACGAGAUAAGCGUAGGAAACCACGACGCGAAGCGGAGUGAUUUCCAGCUUAUCGAGUGUUCUCCCAACCUCCCAAGUGUUUACAUCAGGCUAUGUAAACACGGAAACCAUUUUACUUUUCUUUUAUAAAAUAACCAAUGAAAGAGGAACGAAAACCGUGUUUACAUACGCUCAUGUAAAAUGGUUUUAUGGCCAACCAGAGCGCGCGUACCAUUUGAACUAUUUUAUAAUUCAAUGCCUUGAACGAGCCCUUCAUCAAGAGCGAAGACCUAAAACUAAUUUUGUGUUCAAGUUAAAUCGCACAAGUAACUGAGAGGCUAAGGAGUUACCCUUUGCACUCACGCGCGCUUCCUGCGCGAGGUCAUCUCCCAUGUUCCCCUAAUUUUAACUCGCACGUAUUAAAAGAAUCUUUGCGAUAUAAUCUUUUCAUUAUUCUCAGUGCCCAAUUUAUUUUAUUUAAUUUUGUGAAGCGAGGAAAGAAAUCUCAUAGAGGCUGCUGCCAAAGGAGCAUCAACCGCAAUUUCUUUGGUCGCCAACGUUGCCGCCAUGUUGAUCACGUUCUUUGCUUUUAUCGCGUUCUUCAACGCGGUGCUGUCUUAUAUUGGAAGUAUGGUGGGAUACUCCGAACUUAGUUUUCAGGUGAAAAAUUCAUAAUUUUUCAACCAUUAGUAUAAAUUUAAUUAGAUUACGUGUAUGUUUAAUCAAAUCGUAAAUUAUCAACCAUGUAUUCAAAACCAAGGCAUCAGGGAAAAUUAGAGCAGUGAAGUUAAUGCAAUCUUGUUGCGCGCGUACCUUCGCGAUCUUAGCGCGAUCCAAUGCAAACUUGGCGUGCUCCCGUCUGGGGUCAACGCGACAACCGAAUCCAAGCGCAACUCUUGUGCGACUUCGGUGUGUGUCAGAAAUAACUGCAACAGAGUUGGUUUUACUCUUUCGUAUAUGUCUUGAUGAGUUCAAAAUUUUUUUUAAGGUUACUCUGCCAUGCGCGCUUUCUCUCGCGAGGUAUUAGUUACGAGAGUCAACUUUGAUUAAAAUUGAAACACGGUAGUUAUGUCUACUGUAAACAAAUAGCCAUGGACAUUUGAUGGCAAUUUGCUUUUGUAAUACUUAAUUUUCUACCUUUUUGUUCAAAUGUACUUCAAUCGAGACCAAAUUUAUGUUCCCUUCUUUUUCUCUUGAUUAAUUCUUGCUUCCAAAUGUCCUAAUGACUUGUUUUGAAGGAACGGACCUUUUUAUUUUCCUCUCCACCUCAGGUAAUCUGCUCCUACCUUUUCAUGCCGUUUGCGUUUCUCAUGGGAGUAGACUGGGCCGACUGCAAUACUGUGGGGAGGUUCCUCGGGAUAAAAACAUUUCUCAACGAGUUCGUGGCUUACCUUGAGAUGGCUCCAUACAUAAAGAACCGAAACGAAAUGAAUGGAGGACCCACGAUAUCAGUAAGAAUGUAACACCAUUGACUAAGAUCUCAAUAGCGAUUCUCCCCACUCACUACCAUAAACUUCUCAAAAAGUUUACUUCUGAGAAGUUGUUGUUGAAUCAAAUGAUAUCUCGCAGUUGAUAUUUUUCGUCAUUCUCGUCACUUUUCUGCUUAAUGAUGUACUGACGUUGUAUAGAGAAAUCACUUCAUGGUAACUCCCAUUUGACGCCUGACAGUGAUAAGCGUCUUAUUUCUCCCAACAGUAUCACCCCUGAAUCAUAUAUUAAGGUAAUGAGAACAAAGGAAAUGAUCGCAACCUCAAUAAACUCUUGACUGUUAGACAAAUUCUCCCUGUAAGUACCUAAGGGUAUGUAUGGCGAACAGUAGGAAGGACUUGCAUACUGAUGUUAGGAUAUAAAGGGUUUAAUCCAAGUGGAUUUAACAAUUCUCUGAUAAGCAGUUCACCUACACAAUUAGGAAGUGGGCAGAUGGUCGUUUUGAUAGUCUUGCGAUAGUCUGCGGAUGUUUUGCUUAUUUCCUGGGAAAGCUGAACGUUUCCUAAGAAAUUUCGAAGUUUUUUUGGUUAGAAAGGUUACGGAAGGCUACCGAGAGGCCACCUGACCAGUUUUAUUUACAGAGUACACACAACACCUUCUAAAAAUGGAAAUUCUAUAUCUCUUUAUCGCGUAAUUCCACCUUUUUCCUGUGACUCUUUCAUUUUCUCAUUUUCUUAUAGCGUCGAUCGGAAGUCAUUACAACUUAUGCUUUGUGUGGAUUUACAAAUUUUCUCGGCCUGGGUGUGUUACUUGGAGGACUGGGUCCAAUGGCACGUAGCCGAGAGGGGGACAUGGCGAGAAUUGCUAUAAGGACCCUGUUUGCAGCUACAAUAGCCUGCUUUAUGACGGCCAGUAUUGCUGGUAAGCCAUAAGGUCAUAUCUCUCAUGUUUUAAGGUCUGGCUGACCCAUAUUCUUUCACCCUUAACUUUUAGAUUUCAAAUACUCCUUUCAGGCAUUCCGAUAAGUGUUUUCCCUAAAAUACCUCGAAUACUGGAUAAAUUUGAACAUAAGGUAGCUAGUUGUAGUCUACGGCGACAAAAAAAAUUUUUUUUUCGUUUAAACUCGUUUUUGUCAGGCUACUCACUAUGUUCUACGGAGUAGAUAGCGUGUAGCGAAACCAAUCAGAUCUCACCAUUUGUGAUUGAACGCUAGUCGAUAAAGUAGAUGUAUACCAAUAUAUUUCAUUAAGGUUCUAAACUGAACGCACGCGCAUAACUGCAACUUUAAAUGUUCCAUUUUACCUUUCAGGAUUUUUAUAUGACGAGUCUUUCGAAGCUGCAGCGAUUAGUCCUACGUCAUUUACAAACACCACUACAUCACCAUAAGAAUCAACCAAUCAUUUUCAUACAGCUGCGGAUAACAGCAGCUGUCAAUAAGAGUCGUACAGUUGAUUGUAAAUAGUGGAAACAUUUCAAUUUAGGGGUUAAAAAGACCUACAUUUCGCUAUCUCAUUUUUCCUUUCUCUCAAAAAAGAAAGAGACGUUAUAAACAGAGCCUAACAUUUCACGAAGAUAAGUGCUUCUUGACCUUUGAGAGCCGAAUAUCUUUCAACUUGUUUCUAGAACGUGUGCUACAAUCGUAGCUCCUGUAUAUCGAUAGGCGAAACCUCGGGUUGUGAAGACAACGUGAGAACUACAAUGUGUUGAAACCUUUAUUUAGGUACAUUUACAAAAAUUUAACCUGUCUUGUAGGUGUUAUGAUAAGAAACAAGAGUACCAAUUACAUGUAACAUAAUAUACAAAAUCUAGCCAUUCCUAAAAAGGCUGAAUUGUAUUUGUUACUCGUAUUUACUCCUUUUUAAUCCAUAAAUUUGUCGCGAAACAUAUAAAAUAUUCGAAAGGAAAAAUCAUUUUCGUUAAGCUAUAAAUCAGGUAAAGCGUGAAACUUACAAAUGCAAAUUAUUGUAUUUCAAUUUCGCGACAGACAAUAUCAGUUUAUCGUUCUUACGAAAGGAAUAUAGUUGUAAAGAGGUUUAUGGAAACAGUCCAUCAACAGUCCAUCAAUAUCUAGCUAUGGUCCAUAUUUAAUUCUAUAGUUAGAGAGGAAAGUAUCAAUCAAGCGAAAGGGCGAUUUUGCCCAAAUUUUACAUUUUAAGUGGUAACGUUAGC